CACAGAGCUAAUAAUCAUGGCACGAACAAAGCAAACUGCACGUAAAUCCACCGGAGGUAAAGCUCCAAGAAAACAACUUGCCACCAAGGCCGCCCGUAAGAGCGCACCUGCAACCGGUGGAGUCAAGAAACCACAUAGAUACAGGCCAGGAACAGUCGCUCUCCGAGAAAUCAGGAGAUACCAGAAGAGCACAGAGCUCCUCAUCAGGAAACUCCCCUUCCAGAGAUUAGUCCGUGAAAUCGCCCAGGACUUCAAAACUGAUCUCCGAUUCCAGAGUUCAGCCGUCAUGGCCCUACAGGAAGCCAGCGAAGCCUACUUGGUCGGUCUCUUCGAGGAUACCAACUUGUGCGCAAUCCACGCCAAGAGAGUAACCAUCAUGCCAAAGGAUAUCCAAUUGGCCCGAAGAAUCCGUGGAGAACGACGAGGAAAAGGAGGAAAAGCAAAAGCAAAGGCAAAGUCUAGGUCAUCCCGUGCCGGACUUCAGUUCCCAGUCGGUCGUAUCCACAGACUUUUGAGGAAAGGAAACUAUGCCGAGAGAGUUGGUGCCGGUGCACCAGUGUACCUCGCAGCUGUCUUAGAAUACUUAGCAGCUGAAGUAUUGGAGUUGGCAGGAAACGCCGCUCGUGACAACAAGAAGAGCAGAAUCAUUCCCCGUCAUCUCCAGUUGGCCAUCAGAAACGACGAAGAGUUGAACAAACUCUUGUCUGGUGUCACCAUUGCCCAGGGAGGUGUUUUACCAAACAUCCAGGCUGUACUUCUGCCAAAGAAGACCCAGAAAGCUGCCAACAAAUCGUCCACAGAGCUAAUAAUCAUGGCACGAACAAAGCAAACUGCACGUAAAUCCACCGGAGGUAAAGCUCCAAGAAAACAACUUGCCACCAAGGCCGCCCGUAAGAGCGCACCUGCAACCGGUGGAGUCAAGAAACCACAUAGAUACAGGCCAGGAACAGUCGCUCUCCGAGAAAUCAGGAGAUACCAGAAGAGCACAGAGCUCCUCAUCAGGAAACUCCCCUUCCAGAGAUUAGUCCGUGAAAUCGCCCAGGACUUCAAAACUGAUCUCCGAUUCCAGAGUUCAGCCGUCAUGGCCCUACAGGAAGCCAGCGAAGCCUACUUGGUCGGUCUCUUCGAGGAUACCAACUUGUGCGCAAUCCACGCCAAGAGAGUAACCAUCAUGCCAAAGGAUAUCCAAUUGGCCCGAAGAAUCCGUGGAGAACGUGCUUAA